GUUUGAAGAAAGGCAUUUGUUUAUUUACUCAGUUGUCGCACUUCUUAGACUUUGGAGUAAAUAAUUCUUGUUGGCGUUAUUUUGUGGCUGAAAAAAAUGUCGGAGUUAUCAGAGAAAGUCGUAGCAGCAAAGAUUGCACUAGUUACAUCGCUUGGCGAGAAUUCUCAGCGAUAUUUCAGCCACUUGAAAUCUUGGUUUAGUGGGAAGUGGACGCAAGAGGAAUUCGAUUUCGAGUGCCGCAAAAUACUAACAGGCGAAUCUGUACAUUUACACAACCAAUUUUUUUUGGCUCUACUAAACAAAAUCGAUGCGUUGCGUCUCCCGCAAACGUCUUCCACUAGUUCAAUCUCCUUGAAUCGGAGCAGCAGGAAACGAAAACGUAGUUCUCGCUCCGGCGUUGACCGCGUCAAUUUCGAGCCCUACGACUUAUUUGAAUUCCUGCCGGAUGAGAAUGUGGAGUUGAUACGACAGCCCAACGCAAGCGAUGAUCAGCCGCCAUCAAUGCCAAAGUACUGCGUCCAAGAAUACUUCCUGCCAGAUAUCGGAUUCAUCAUGGGACGGAUGAUGGUGGGAGCGUGGGAACACGGACUAGUUCACGUCGACGACGCCGUCGCGGAAUAUGUCGUACUGGCAGUCCAGUCUUUGCUGAAGAAUAUAAUUACCGCCGUGAUUUUGUCCCGGAAACAGUGCAAACUUACGGCCGCCGGUAAUUACUUUUAUGAUGUUGGUGUAACAAUCCCCGACCCUUUCGUCCGAAACCGAGCAUCACGCCAAAAAACUUACGAAGAGAAAAGCCUUCCUGAAAGGUAUAACCAGGAAAUGUUACCGGAGGAAGAGUUCCAGAAAAGUUGGACACCGCGUCAGAAAAUGUACGACGAUAAAAAUAUCGGGGAGCGAUUCGCUUCGGAGAAACUGCCAGAAGAGGAGACCUAUUUCUCAGCCUGUGAGCAGUUAUACCCAGUAAGGAAGUGCUUGAUUACAGUAAACGAUGUCUACAAAGUUCUGCGAGAGCGAAAUAUUUUAUUGUCACAUUCAGUUCAUUCCGUAAAUAUGGAGCGGAUGUCCCAAAUGUUGCAUUAGCACAGUGAGUGGCUGCAAUGUGAUUACGUUGAUUUUGUACAUAGAAGCUAAGACAUAAAGAACGUGGAUUUACA